UCAAAGAGUAGGGUUUAGGUUUAAAUAUACGCUAUAUCUUCUUUCCUUACUCAUCAUCUUCUAUUCAGUCGCCUCCAAGUCCUCCACUCGCAUAAACCCUAGCCCAAAUGGCGUCUUUCCCUUCCAAUUCGACUCCCCCUAGCCCAAAUGACCUGGUUGAGUGGCGUGGCUACCUGUGCAAAUUUCGGAAUGUUCCUUGUCUCGACAAGCUUUGGAGUCUUCAUCCAGAGACCUUUGGAGUCUAACAAUUUCUGAUUUAGGAUAGAGAAAUAUAUACACAUGUGUGUGUGUAUAUGUCCAUAUUUAGGGCUUUUUUUCGUUACUUACCCGCUAAUAGGCCUUACAACUGUUUUUCAAAUGGCAUCAGCAUUCACACACACCACCUGUUCGACGAAACGUCCAAGAGAGACCUCUAUUCGCUGAAUUCACUUCUCGCCUCGCACGUUCGCAGUAGAGAUGCUCUUGCGGCAUGGACUCUCUUCUACCACAUCCACAGCACGCAUUCCGACCUUAAUGCCUACACAUUUACGCCAGUGUUGGGUGCGUGUUCGGCUCUGUCAGACCCCAAAAGGGGCCAACAAGUCCAUGCUUUGAUGAUUAAAACAGGUUCCGAAUCAGAAACCAUCACCAAAACUGCUCUCAUUGACAUGUACUCCAAGUACGGCCAAUUGGGUGACUCGGUUUGUGCAUUUGACGAGAUGGGUUUCAAGGACGUGGUCACUUGGAACACUAUGCUUUCGAGCUUUCUACGCCACGGUCUUCCCAUGAAAGCACUCAGUGUGUUUGAAAUGAUGAGUAAAGAAAGAGUGGAAAUUAGUGAGUUCACUUUGUGUUCCGUGCUUAAAGCUUGUACCUUUUUGAAUGCCUUUCGACAGGGUAAGCAAGUUCAUGGAUUGGUAAUUGUGAUGGGCCGCGAUUUGGUGGUGUUGAGUACUGCUCUGAUUGAUUUUUACUCAAGUGUUGGGUACAUAGAUGAAGCAAUAAAAGUUUAUGGCAAGUUAAGCCUCCGAAAGGACGAUGUGAUGCGCAAUUCCCUUAUUUCUGGUUGUGUUCGCAACCAGAAGUAUGAUGUGGCCAUGUCAAUCAUGAGUUCCAUGAAACCCAAUAUAAUCGCACUCACAAGCGCUCUUGCUGCUUGCUCUGUGAAUUCAGAUUUGUGGACUGCAAAGCAGAUACACGGUGUAGUGAUCCGUCAGGGUUUCACUUUUGACACCCAAUUGUGCAAUGUGCUAUUAGACAUGUACGCAAAGUGUGGGAAAAUUUUGAAUGCCCGUUUGGUUUUUGAUGGAAUUUUUCAAAAAGAUGUGGUUUCUUGGACUAGCAUGAUAGAUGCAUAUGGAAGUCAUGGUCACGGACUUGAAGCUCUUGAGUUGUUCAAAAAGAUGGGGGAGGAGGAAAAUCGUGUAUUGCCAAAUUCCGUGACUUUUCUUGCUGUUUUAUCCGCUUGUGGGCAUUCGGGAUUGCUGGAACAAGGCCGGGCAUGUUUCAUUUUAGUCCAGGAGAAGUAUGGUAUGGACCCAGGUCCAGAGCAUUAUGCCUGUUUCAUGGAUAUAUUAGGCCGGGCAGGUCGGAUAGAAGAAGUGUGGGGUAUGUUCGAUCAUAUGGUUAAAAAUGGUACAAAGCCUACUCAUGCAGUAUGGGCAGCAUUACUGAGUGCUUGUAGAAUUAACCAUGAUGUCACUAGGGGUGUGUUUGCAGCAAAACAUCUCCUUGAUUCGGAGCCUGAUAAUCCCGGGAAUUAUGUAGCACUUUCAAAUUUCUAUGCAACCAUUGAAAGGUGGGAUUUGGUUGAUGACUUGAGAAGCAUUAUGAAGACAAGAGGCCUUGUAAAGGAAGCUGGAAGUAGCUGGGUCGCUGUCGCAUGCAGCCAUCAAAAUUUGAUCAAUCUAGAGAGAAUUAUCCUCUGAGAGUGCGCCGCAGCCUUCUCUGCGUGAUGUUGAAGCUGAAUUGCGUGAUAUAAGAUUGAGUUUAUUGAUGGAGAUUGAGAAGCCGAAGCAAGCAGAAGAAGACCUGAGUAAUAUGCAAAGCCAGUAGCUGAGGAUUCGGGAUCAGUUAUCUCUUGUGGGCGUUACACUUCCUGCGGAUUUAACAGAGCAUGACCAACAGGAAGUUGAUCUUGCAGAAGAGGUCAGCCGCCAAGUCUAUUUUGCUCGGUUUGUGUCGAAUUCCAUUGGUAGGGGAACUGCAAAGGCUGAGGUUGAGAUGGAGAUGGAUGCUCAGAUAGAAUUAAAGAACUUUGAGAUUGCUCGGCUAUGUGACAGAUUGCAUUAUUAUGAGGCCGUGAAUAGAGAGAUGUCUCAGAGGAACCAGGAAGCAGUAGGUGAGAUUACCUCAUAGUUUUUAUAAUUUCUAUUUCUCACCUCAAACAUAGUUGUUCUCUUUUUUCUUCAUACUCUUAGAUGGGUUUUAUUUAUUUCUGCUUCAUAUAUCAAUGUUACAAGAUUUUAAUGGAAGUGUGAAAAUAUCAAUGGAAGAAAAUUAUCAAUGUUAAAAGAUUUUAAUG